AUGUUUUCGAUUGUAAAAAAACAUAUUCUGAUAUGGAAAAUGAAUUUAAUUUGGCCAUUCAAAUUUCGGAUUCCGAUAAUAGAACUUACAUUUCCAUAUAGCAAUCCAUUAACCCCAUUUAUGAAGUCCCAUUAAAUGAAUCUCUAUUACCAAAGGAAACCCCAUUACUUUUUGUUGCAUCAACAAGAAACUCUGUCAUUCAAGAAAAGUUUUAUCUAAAAUCCAAAAAGAUUGACAUUUAAUUUCUUUAAAAGGAUAGAUUCAUUGGAUGAGACAAUUCAAUUAAUGCAAGAGCCUUUGAUAGAAAUAUAUAAGAUGAAGUGUUAAGUACAUUAAAUAUUGAAUAUUAAUGGUAGUGCAAUAAUCUAUUCAAUUUAUAAUCUUGUAAGACAAAAAGAAAAUAAAAUAAUGGAAUUUCCAUCCAGAAGAAUUGCUGAAAUUUUUGCAGAUAGUUAAAAUACUACUUUUGUCUUCUUUGUUAAGGCAUCGAAAGAUAAUAGAUGGGCAGUAAAAGAGCAAUUGAUAGUUGUCACAGAUUUAGAAAUCGAGGAAGAAUUUGUAUUAAAUUAAGAAAUCCCUCAAAAUGCUGUCAAUCCUAAUGAUGAAAUAACUAUUUUAAUUAGAAAUAAUUAAAAACAUGCUUUCGUUAUGUAAGAAUUCAAAAUUUUGGCAUUUAUCAAAACUACAGGAUGCACUGUUAAGUUUAGGCUCACGGGAUUAACAACCAAUUACAAUAGUCCUGUGUACAUAUAUCUAGUCCCAGGCAAUGAAUCUAUAGCAUUUCAUCUAAACAGCCCUCCUUCAGAAGUUUAAUUCAAUAUAGAUCCUCUUCUAGGCGAAUCUUUAGAUUACUUUAACUAUUCUAUGCAAAACUUUCAACCCGAAAAUACUUUUAGCAUUUAUUACUAUUUUGACAAGCUUACUCUCUAAAAUGAUGUAAACCUAUAAUCAGUCAAUAAUGGCAUCCCCUUGGUGAUUAAUUCGCAAGAAUUGACAGGUUCCUUCUAACUUCCAAAUGGAAUUAUUGAUGAUGCAAUAUCCGUUCUUUUUUAAAUUGAAUCAGCAAUGGGAUCAAAAUCCUAUUUAGUAUAAAAAAUGAUCAGACAAAUAAAUUAUGCUAAUCCUUCAAUAAUCAAACUAAUUUUUCAAAUUUGCAAAGUAUUGAUAACUAUGACUAAAUUAAUGGAAAUUGAAUAAUAAUAGGUAUGUUUGAAACAAUGUUCAGGUGUUGGUACAUGCAUCGACAAAAAGUGCAAAUGCCCUCCAGAAUAUUAUUUUGAUGAUUGCAGUGGAACCAUAGAAGAGUACAAUAAUUUUAGCAGCCUUAUUUUCAAUGCUUUGCAAUAAUUAAUUAAAAUUCCAAUAAAAAAUGAUGAUGAGCUUAGAUUAUUUAGCUAAUCUUUAUUGUAUUUAUCCACUCUAAAAGAUUUAAAUAAUACAAUUUCAAAUUCAAAUUGCUAAAAAAUAUUAGAAUAAUACAUUUAAAAUCUUAAUUCAAGAUUAGAAAAAAUCCUGCUUAUCUGAAUUACUCUCAAAUUGA